CGGUAACCGGGAUACAUCUGGAUUCCGGAUUGCCAUUAUUUGAGUGCAGUGAUGAGGAUGUGAGGGUUUUUUUUCUGGAUGUGAAAGAGUUCGAAACCUCCUUAAAACUCUUCCCACUAGCCGGUCACCGGUAAAAUUCAACUAAUCGCAGAAAAAUCAGAGACAAGAACAGACGGAGUUUUCUUUCCCAAAGCUGCGAGGUCGUCGAUGACGUAGGGUUCAUACUUUCUCUCUCAUCACACCAAUCCAUUCGUCUUCUCCGAUGACCAUGAAGCUUUCCUACUUUCUCCUAUGCUUCAUGGCUUGGCUUCAUCUCUCUUUCUCAGCUUCAGAAGAGUUGAACUCGUUUGAGUCAGUUCCUGAUCUUGAGAAGUCAAUGUACAUGGUUGUUGACGGAUAUCCUUGUGUACGACUACUCAACCUUUCUGGCGAAAUUGGUUGUUCAAAUCCUGGCCGUGAGAAGGUUGUUGCUCCAAUAGUAAGAUUCAAGAAUGCUGAUGAGUUGGUUCGUUUAUCUGCAAUAUUGGUAUCAUUGGAUGAAUUCGAGGACUUCUUUCUUAGAGCAACAAAUGAUUCAAAUUUUGCUAAGAAUGUAGGUGGUGUUUUAAUUGAAUCUGGAACUGAAAUCCAAAAGCAGUUAAAAGGAUUUUCUCCAGCUGAAAAGUUUCCACAAGCUGAAUUCUCUCCUUAUCAAAACAUUAGUUACAAAUGGAACCCAGUUGGAUCUGGACUUAUGUGGAACGCGUACAAUUAUCCAGUAUUCUUACUUUCUCCGAGUGGCACAUCGACCCUGCAAGAGCUUGCCAUAAAAAAUGAGAAGAACAAGGAAGCUUAUACUGCAGAUGUUGCUGAAUUCGAUCUGGUGAUGCAGACAACAAAAGCUGGAACACAUGAUUCAGAAUCCUGUUUGAAAGAAGAAACUUGUCUUCCACUAGGUGGAUACAGUGUUUGGUCGGCACUUCCGCCAAUUAAUAGUUCAGCGUCCAAGCCUAUCAUAUUAACAGUGGCAUCUAUGGAUUGUGCUUCCUUUUUCCGUGACAAAUGCCUUGGUGCAGAUUCCCCUAUAUCUGGAAUGAUAUCAUUGCUGGCGGCAGUUGAUGCUCUUUCUCACGUUGAUGGUUUGGGUGACUUAAGUAAACAGCUUGCUUUUGCGGUGUUCACUGGAGAGGCUUGGGGUUACCUUGGUAGCAGGAGAUUUCUACUUGAACUUGAUAGGAAUUCAGAUGCAUUUAAUGGCCUUAACGAAACAUUGAUUCAGACGGUUGUGGAAGUUGGAUCUGUAGGGAAGGACUUUAGUCAGGGGGUCAAAACCUUUUUUGCUCAUACAACUGGGGUUUCAUCCAAUAAUGAAACAUUGAAUGCUUUAUAUCGUGCUCAAGAUUCACUUCAAUCUAAAGGCAUUAAUAUCUCAAUGGCAAAUGUAUCAAAUCCUGGUAUACCUCCAUCGUCGCUAAUGACAUUUCUGAUGAAGAAUUCUAAGACUUCUGGGGUUGUCUUAGAAGAUUUUGAUACUGCCUUCACCAACAAAUUCUACAAUAGUCACCUUGAUGAUCUGUCUAAUAUUAACUCUUCAGCCAUAGUGGCAGCCGCCUCCCUUGUUGCCCGAACGCUUUACAUUCUUGCCAGUGACAAUAAGAAUCUAAGUUCUUCAUCUCUAAGUGGUAUUAAUAUAAAUGCCUCUUUGGUUGAAGAACUUUUGGGUUGUCUAUUGAACUGUAAACCAGGUUUAUCGUGCGGGCUGGUGACAGACUAUAUUUCACCCACCAGUAUCUGCCCAAGUCAUUAUGUUGGUGUCCUCCUCGGGGAACCUUCUUUCACACCUUAUUCUGGAUAUGUUGGUGACGUUUCAAGGUUUUUGUGGAAUUUUCUGGCUGACAAAACAUCUAUUCCAUCAAAGAGUUCUACUUCUGCUUGCCCACAUAAUUGUAGCAACCAAGGUGAAUUGUGCAUUAGAACAGAGACUGAUGGCAAGGGAUUUUGUGUUGUCUCCACAACCAGGUAUGUCCCGGCAUAUUCAACCCGGUUGGAGUUUGAAUCUGAAACUUGGAAGUUGUUGCCCGCUAACGCUUCUGAUCCCAUGGAGCUGGUGGACCAUGUUUGGACAGAGAGCAAUUGGGGCCGGAUUGGGCUUCGGGUCUACACUGUCCAGGAUACAGCUUAUGACCGCAUGAUCUUGGUGGUUGGUCUCAGUUUCACGGUGCUGGCUUACCUUGCUAUAGUACUUACCAGAGCCUACAUCACAAAGGCCCUGAAGCAGGAUUGACAUAAAUUUCCGUCGGGGUAAUAUUUUUUGGUGAGAGCUUUGAGCACAGCCGAUAUGCUAGGCUCCUGCAAUUCCUUCCUGAUGUUGCUAGACUUCUGGGUGAAAUUUGGAAAUGUACCCAUAUGAGAACAAUGGGAUACAAUCAUACAUGGGUGAAAAGAAAGCCAAAAAUCGACUGGACUGUUUCCAUUGAUCGAAAAACACUCGAAUUUUUGUACACUUGCAGGGAUGCUGCAUUAUUCGAGUUGCAUCCUUGUUCAUUCCUUAGUAAUUUAUUGGAAUUGAUGUUAUUGAAGUUGAUAUUGUUGUACCAUACAGGUUUCUGAAAUUUUUGAUCAUGAAUGGAAAUUCAUCUCACUUAA